GGCACAGCCUCCUCCCAGCCUACUGCAGUGCAAGCGUCCCUUCCACGCGAUGAGUUACAGUCUGGAUACAAUGUACGGCGUUAGCUCCCACCGCAGGAUACUGGGGGACUCUCCCCGGUCCGUGCAACGCUCCGCCGGCUCUUUAGCAAGCAGCGGCUUCCAUUCCCAAACCUGGUCUCGGAGCCCCAGCACAGUCGCCUCGUACAAACGGGUCGCCCCGAGCCUGACGGCCAACUUCAACCCCCAGAUCACGGUGUCCAGCGAGAGCCUGGACUCCGGGUUCAUCAAUGGAGGAGACAUGAGGUCGCGCAACGAGAAGGAGAUGCUGCAGACCUUGAACGACCGCUUCGCCACUUACAUCGACAAGGUGAGGAACUUGGAGCUGCAGAACAAGAACCUGGAGGCGGAGGCAACUUCGCUGAGACAGCAGCAGUCCGGCCGUUCGGCCAUAGGGGAGCUGUACGAGAGGGAGAUCAGGGAUCUGCGCAAUGUGGCGGUGCAGGUCAGCAACGAGAAGGUGCAGCUACAGAUGGAGCAGGAACACCUGGAUGACGACAUCCAACACAUCAAGAUGAGGUACCAGGACGAGAACAGAAUGAGGGAGGACAUAGACAACAGCAUCAGAGCCCUGAACAAGGAGGUCGAGGAGAUGGGCUUGUUGAAGCUGGACCUGAACAGGAAGUUGCACCUCCUCACCGACGAGGCUUCAUCCAUGAGGGAGAACCACGAGGAGGAGGUGCGAGAUCUCAGCAACCAAAUCCAAGGCUCGCAGGUCUCUCUGGAAGUCAGGGACUCGCUCAAGUCCGACGUCACGGCGGCUCUGCGGGAGAUUCGCGAGCAGCUGGAAGGGCACGCCGUCAAGACCACCAGUCAGACCGAGGAGGUGUUCAAAGUCAAGCUGGAACGGCUCAACCAAGCCGCCAAGGUCAACACGGACGCUAUCCACGCAGCCCAGGGUGAAAUCUUCGAAUAUCGCAAGCAUCUGCAGUGCAAGAAUACCGAACUGGAGACCAUGAGGGGGACCAAAGACUCAAUGGAGAGGCAAAGGAUUGAAAUGGAAGACAGACACAAUGCGGAUCUAUCCACAUACCAGGAAGCCACACAGCAACUUGAGAACGAACUGAGGAGCACAAAAUGGGAAAUGGCUGCCCAACUGAGGGAGUACCAAGAUUUACUCAACGUGAAAAUGGCCUUGGACAUUGAGAUUGCAGCUUAUAGGAAACUUCUGGAGGGUGAAGAAUCAAGAUUUUUGGGGGGAGGUCCCUACUAUUCUCCAGAAGGGUUUCAUAAAGGAUCCUUGGUGCCCAACCAUAUUAUGGCCAAGUUUGAUGAACCAAUCAAACCAAUUGAGAAAGAAGCAGAUGAAGUGGUCGCAGAAGAGGAAAUGGAGGAGAAAGUAAGUACACCUGAAGAGUCAGAAGAGGCUGGAGAAGAAAAAGGAGAGGGAGUUGAAAAGGAGGCCAAAGAGGAGGAAGCAGCAUCUAAAGAUGAACAAGAAACUAAAUCUGACAAAGGAAGCGUAAAAGAUGAGGACACAAAAACUGAAAAUGUUGCAGAAGAAGAGAAAGUAAAAGAAAAAAUAGACAAUAAAGAAGAUGUGAAAAAGGGAAGCAAGGCACAAGCAGAGGAAAAGCAAGAAGAACCAGCCAAAGACAAAAAGGAACUGACGAUAAAGGUGGAAGAUAAAUCACCAGACAAACCCAAGGAGAAGGAAAGCCCAGAAAAGAAGCCAGAGGAUAAAGGAAUGACAAAACCAGCAAAAAAGGAAGCAGAGGAACAAGCUGAACUGGAAUCUAAAACCAAAGAGAAGGAAAAGGAAUCAAAAGCAGAAAGCAAGGAUGAAGAAAAGGAAGAUUCAAAACCAGAACCCAAACCUGAAGAGAUGGAGGUCAAGAAAGAUGCAGAACAGGAAGUCAAACCUGAGGAGAAAGAAGUGAAGAAGGACGCAAAACCAGAGGUGAAACCUGAAGAGAAAGAACCCAAGAAAGAGUCCAAACCUGAAGAGGUUAAGAAGGAAGCAAAGCCAGAGUCCAAACCCGAGGAGAAAGAAGCAAAAGCAGAGUCUAAACCUGAAGAGAAAGAAGCCACAAAAGAUGCAGAACCAGAGUCCAAGCCUGCAGAGGUUAAGAAAGACGCAAAACCAGAGUCUAAACCUGAAGAGAAGGAGGUGAAGAAAGAUACAAAGCCAGAGGCCAAACCUGAAGAGAAAGAAGCCACAAAAGAUGCAGAACCAGAGUCCAAACCUGAAGAGAAGCAGGUGAAGAAAGAUACAAAGCCAGAGUCCAAACCAGAGGAGAAAGAAGUCACGAAAGAAGCAAAACCAGAGGUGAAACCUGAAGAGAAAGAAGUAAAGAAAGAUGUGAAACCAGAGUCCAAACCUGAAGAAACGGUGAAGAAAGAUACAAAACCAGAGACCAAACCUGAAGAGAAAGAACCCAAGAAAGAAGCAAAACCAGAGGUGAAACCUGAAGAGAAGGAAGUAAAGAAAGAUGUAAAACCAGAGUCCAAAGCCGAGGAGAAGGAGGUGAAGAAAGAUACAAAGCCAGAACCCAAAUCUGAAGAGGAGGUGGUUAAGAAAGAUGCAAAACCAGAAGCGAAAGUUGAAGCUGAAACACAGAAAGAUCCUUGUAAACCAGAGCCUACGCCUCAGGGGCAAUCAGAACCAAAAAAAGAAGAAUCAAAAAAGGCUACAGAAACAGAGCCAGCUAAACAGGAGCCUGCAAAAGCAAAGGAACCUGAAAAAGCAGCCGACACUAAAGAAGCCAACGACCAAAGUAAAGAAAAUGACAAAGAAACAAAGGAUGAGAUGACUGAGACUGUGAAAAAAGUAGAGAAAUCAGAGCCUACGAAAGAUCAAAAGGAAGAGAAAUCAGAAAAGGAUCAGGUUAGUAAAGAGAAAACACCUGAAGGUAGAGAAGAAACACAAGUUAAAGAAAGCAAAGAGGAAAAAUCUGAAAUGUCUUCCAGCACUAAAGACGAAACAAAGGCGGCAGACAAAACCAAAAAAGCUGAAGAUUAAAAGGCGUAACAAAUAUUUAUUGGGGAGAAUAAUCACCAAAGAAAUACUGAAGCAAAGAACUAAACAACUGUUGUUGACAAACUGCCAAGAUAACAAUUUACCUUGUUCAUGCCACAAGGAGCUGGAUAGCAAUAUACAUUCACUGA